AUGAAGCGCAAGUCGCCUGAAAUCACCGGCGCGGACGACGUUGCCACGCCCACGGGCAGUCCGACGAAGAAGAUGCGCAUCACACAGAGCCAGAAGCAGGCAUUGAUGGAUAAUUUGCAGCUUGAAAUCACCGAGCGAGCUCGCAAGCUUCGUGCUCAGUAUGCUCUCCAAGCGCAUGAUCUUCGGGCGCGCAUGGAACGACGCGUCAACCGAAUCCCCAUUUCUCAGCGAAAGGAAAUCAUGGGUGAGCUGCUCGAAAGACACAGUUCCACGUCACUCUCAGCAUCACCAUCGCGGAAGCAGGUCCCCUCGAAGGCCACACGGUAUGCCACUAACAUCUCUGUUGACCCGGAAACCUCGACCGCUGGAGCACGAGAUGGCCGGGUUAAGCGGACCAGCCAUGAGGGCCACUAUUCCGACAAAGAGAACGCUCCUGCCGCCGACACCCCGGAAGGACUAAAGAACCCCAAGCGCCGCGGCAAGGCCGGUGCCUCACGAGUGGUGUCGCAGGAUGUGAGAGAGAACGACCACCGGAUCCUUUCACCAAAGUCCCUCAAUUCGCGCACCUACCCACACUCCCCCUUCCGCGCCGUCUCGCCCGAAAAGGCGGGCCAGUCAUAUGCGUCGCGGCCGACAUCACCGUUGAAGCCCUCAAGCCCACUGAAGGGUGCUGGCGCUAGUACCUACGAUAAUGCGCGUACGCGGCCACGCGGCGCUACCACGUCCACUGUCAGGGCCCCCGCGCAAGCGAAAAAGACCACCGCCAACCGCGCCGCCACGGGACCCAAGACUGUCCGCUCGCCUGGGCCCCGCCCCGCCACGAGACAGGGAGAGCGCAAGAAUAGUACCGGAACCGUCUCAUCCAUCACGUCGUCCGGCACAACGGUCAUGAAGACCGCGCGGACCGCCGCUAGUGCUCGCAAGGCAACGACUGGGAUGAGCAUGUCAGCUGCUGCCGCUGCGAAGAAACCCACAAUUCCUCGCACACAGACAGCUUCACUUGCUGUCAAAAAGACCGCUACUGCCACGGUCCGGAAGACCACUGCACCGGCUGCAAUGACGGAGGGCUCGACGGCUGGGAGACGGGCAUUGCGGAAACGGGUGUAG